AAGACAAAUUAGUGCAAUCUACGCACUCAAUUAUAAUUAUGUCGUCUCUACACAAUAUUAUUAUCACAUUCUGUUGUCAAAUUCGUCCAUUCAUUGACAUAUUAUAAUAGUUUCGUAUGAUAGUCGAGUAAUAGUCACAAAGCAACAACAUCGGCAGUAACACGACUUCACCGCAUUUAUCGACCGAACAGUUUAGCCAGCGCAGAUUUAAAGAGCAUAGAAGUCACCACUGAUAGAUGAUAAUGGUGACCGCCUGCAAUCUACGUAAUCGGCAUCGAAAUUAAUUAAAAUAUUUCGAUAAUAAUAAUUGUAGUCGUCGUUAUAUAUUUUACUCAUAUUCGCCCCAAGUCUAAAAUAAAUCUGUUCAGUCUGUCGACGCCGCUCACAUCGGACGGACGGCCUGCCUUUGGACACAUUGACCGGACAACGGGACAACUGGACGAGAAAAGCAGCAGCAGCGACCGUGACAAUUGAGGAGAGCGAAGAAAAAUCGCAGCGUUUCCGCUGCGACACCGUCAGCAGUAGCACAUCAUACCAAAAUCACCAUCACCACUACCACCUGCAACCCUCCCAGCUGCUAAAGCAGAUUUCGCAGUAUGAAACCCACAAUGAGUUUGAAUGGACAUGGUGUAGACGGCAACAAUGGCAACGAUGGAGACGGCAACGUCGGAACACAGGGGUGGCGUCGUGACAAGGGUGGAAAAAAGCAGCUGCCGUACGACCCAUUUCAGAUGCGUGACAACUCCAAUUCAACCUCUGCGACCGGCGCUUUGUUACAUCUGAUAAAGAGUAGUCUCGGUUCUGGCGUUCUUGCCAUGCCGAACGCUUUCAAAAACGGCGGUCUCAUUUUUGGCCUGUUUGGGACUGCUGCCAUCGGAGCGCUGUGCGCGCAUUGCAUCUACCUUCUGGUGCUGUGCUCGCAAUCGCUGGCCCGUCGUACUCGUCGCCCAGCCCUCGGUUUCGCAGACACCGCCUUCGCGGCAUUUAAGACAGGCCCGCACCGGUUUCGCUCCUGGGCUUCGUUCGCCAGAGGGUUCGUCAACGCUGCACUAUUUUGCACGUAUUAUUUCGGCAACUGUGUAUACGUCAUACUCGUUUCGGCGUCGUUCAAACAGGUCGCAGACAACCAUACGCCUGAAGAGUGGCAUUUCUCCAUCCGUACCUGGAUCUUGGGUCUCGCCUUACCGAUUCUUCCUCUCGGCAUAGUUCGUUCACUCCGGGUGUUGGUUCCCUUCUCGGCGGUGGCGACGACAUUCAUAUUGGUCGGUUUGGGUUGUUCCAUGGCUUGGGUGGUGCUUGGUGUCAGUCCAUUUGCCAGCAAAGAAGCUGUGCUGGCAGCCGUACCACUACCCGAUAUGGCGUCUCGCCCCUGGGUAGGCACACUCGCGCAUAUGCCUCUGUUCUUCGCCACCGUUGUCUUUGCUAUGGAGGGUAUCGGCACCGUUCUACCGAUUGAGAACUCGAUGCGUCAUCCAGAACAUUUCCUCCGGGCCCGCCCGUGUGGAGUGUUGAAUGCUGCUAUGACGCUGGUCGUAUUUUUGUACUCGAUGGCCGGCUUUCUUGGAUACUUACGUUUUGGCAAUACAACUGAAGGUUCGAUCACACUCAAUCUUCCCAAUGAUAUAUUUGCUGAAACAGUUAAGAUCAUGGUCACACUAUCGAUACUCUUCUCAUACGGCUUGCAGUUUUGUGUCCCCAGCGAGAUAGUUUGGGCUCGCUUGAGGCCCUGGCUACGGAGACGCAAAUGGGACGCCAAGUAUUCCACUCCUACGACAGACAAAGACACUUCCACUGUAGCUGUGAGCACCAUUGCCGGCAGCAUAGUGACCAUGACCACGGUCACAUCAACAAUGAAUCAUACUACAAAUGACGAGAAGAAACAGGCUGAUGUAGAUGAACUGGAUGAGCAAGAAGAGUUCGUGGAAUGGGAGUACUAUGCGAUGCGGGCCUUAAUGAUCCUGGGAACUUUUGGUAUUGCUGCUAUCGUACCCAACCUUGCCCCCAUCAUCUCUUUAUUUGGGGCAGUGUUCUUCUCCAUCCUAGGACUUAUGUGCCCGGCUGUAAUACAUCUGGUUGCAUUUUGGGAAUAUAACAACGAAAAUGAAAAUGGUGAAAAUUACGAGGACUCAGAUUCAGAAAACAAUUUAAGAUUUGACGGUGUCGAUAACUAUGCGAUGUUUGACGACAUGAGUAUAGAAUGUGGCGAUAAUACUCGGCGACAACAGCAAAGGAGAAUGAGCAAUGAUGAAUCGAGUACCAAAGAGAAGAGUAUGAGCCGAUUAACGGCCACCAAAGACGUGGCCAUCGCUUUACUUGCUUUGUUUGCCAUGGUUUCUGGGGCGUAUGCGUCUUUGGUAGACAUAUUUCAAUCUUACGGAUCUAGUAGUGAAGGGCAUGCUUUAAAUUCUACCAUAGAAAUUAUAACGACCACUAUAGGCCCAGGGCCGGAGUCAGCUUAUGUGUUGAUAAAAUAAAUAAAUGUAUCAAUAUGCAUAAACACCACCGCUGCAUCGACCUAUGCUUAUUACACUAUUCAAACACCUGGAGAGAUGUUGUAAAGUCACCUCCAUGCCACUAGAUAUAUUAUGUAAACAAUAUGAAUGUUACCAUAAUUAUUUAUUUCACUAUCAUAGUCUUCGUAUGUGUUUAAUUUAUUUUGGACACUAUAUAUUAUAUAACAUCAUAAUUAUCUUUCCUAACGGUCUAUUGUCAUAAUAUAAUUAUAGUUGGUAGGUGUUGUUAUUGACUGAUACUAUCUGUCUUAUAGACCUAUUUAUUAUUGUUUUAAUUGAAAAUUUGUUAUUUUCUUCUUUUAUUCGAUCAACUGUCAAGUGUGCUUUUAUACAUGCCCGUUGACAAUAAAAAUUUUUUAAAAUGUACUGCAUAAUUUCUUAGUAGGUACCUAUUUAUUAUUGUCAUUAUUAUUUCUAAAUUAUUAUAUUAUACUACUAUUUCACAUUUUCACUGUUAUAUGUUACCAAUUUUAUAAGACAUUCAUUUUAAAUAUGUUUUGAAUUUUAUCAGUUGCUACUUGUAAAAUAGUUGAAAUCAAUAUACAUACAAUUUUUUUUAUAUAAAAUGAUGAAAAUUCCAAAUGAUUAUACCAUUGGUAUGAAUUUAUAAUAAACCUAAUUUAUAUGUAUUUUUUGUUCGAAAUACAUAAAUUGUUUUUUCAACA